ACAAAGUUAAGUUUUGUGAAAGCGGUGAGUUGAGUUCGCUCCUCUUCAUGACAGGCAGUGUUCAGGGAACAGGAGUCUCCAGCAUCACCUCAGAACUACGCAGCGCACCAGGUUCCAAAAAUGUCUGCACAAAUCAUCAGCGGGAAGGAAGUUUCAGCGCAGGUGAGGGAGCGCCUGAAGAAGGACGUGGAGCAGAUGAAACUUCAGGACCCAAACUUCUGCCCUGGUUUAGUCGUCCUACAGGUCGGAGACCGUGACGAUUCAAAUCUCUACAUCAGCAUGAAGAUGAAGGCAGCAGCCGAGAUUGGAAUAAAUGCGACACAUAUCAGACUUCCCAAGACGGCCACCGAGGAGGAGGUUCUCCACAAAAUCACAGAAGUAAACGAGAACUCGUCCGUCCACGGCCUGAUUGUGCAGCUGCCUUUAGACUCCAUCCAUAAGAUGGACACGGAGAAGGUGACCAACGCUGUGGCUCCGGAGAAGGAUGUGGACGGGUUGACCAGUAUUAAUGCUGGAAAACUGUCCCGUGGAGACCUGGGCGACUGCUUCAUCCCCUGCACCCCCAACGGCUGCAUGGAGCUGAUCGCAAAAACUGGCGUGUCCGUGGCAGGAAAGAGGGCUGUAGUGAUUGGUCGCAGUAAGAUUGUGGGAGCGCCGAUGCACGACCUGUUGCUGUGGAACCACGCCACCGUCACCACAUGUCACUCAAAGACCGCUGACCUCCCUGGAGAGGUGGGAAAGGCUGACAUCCUGGUCGUCGGCAUCGGCAAAGCAGAGAUGGUGAAAGGAGAGUGGAUCAAAAAGGGGGCAGUGGUCAUCGACUGUGGCAUCAACCACGUCCCAGAUGACACGAAGCCCAGUGGCAAGCGAGUGGUGGGUGACGUGCACUACGCCUCAGCUAAGGAGCAGGCCGGCUUCAUCACUCCGGUGCCUGGAGGCGUCGGACCCAUGACUGUGGCCAUGCUGAUGUCGAACACUGUGUUGGGGGCAAAGCGUUUCCUGGAGGGACAUCAACCAGGGAAGUGGAACAUCUCUCUCACCAAACUCAACCUGCAGAAACCUGUGCCCAGUGACAUCGUGAUCUCUCGCUCCUGCAUCCCCAAACCCAUCGACCGGCUGGCCAAAGAGGUGGGCUUACUGUCUGACGAGGUGGAACUUUACGGAAAGACCAAGGCCAAGGUCCAGCUGAGUAUCACCAAACGCCUGCAGGCACAGCCUGAUGGGAAAUAUGUGGUGGUCACUGGCAUCACCCCCACUCCUCUGGGUGAGGGUAAGAGCACCACCACCAUUGGUCUGGUCCAGGCUAUGGGGGCUCACAUGAACCUCAACGUGUUCGCCUGUGUCCGGCAGCCUUCUCAGGGGCCAACCUUUGGUAUUAAAGGUGGCGCUGCAGGAGGAGGAUAUUCUCAGGUCAUUCCAAUGGAAGAGUUCAACCUUCAUCUCACUGGUGACAUUCACGCCAUCACGGCUGCCAACAACCUGGUGGCGGCCGCCGUCGACGCUCGCAUGUUUCACGAGGCCACGCAGUCUGACAAAGCUCUGUACAAUCGCUUGGUGCCCCUCAGUGGUGGACAGAGGAAGUUCUCCCCAAUCCAGAUUAACAGACUGAAGAGACUGGGCAUUGAGAAGACUGACCCCGCUGCUCUGACUGAGGAGGAGGUCACCCGCUUCGCCCGUCUGGACAUCGACCCCAGCGCUGUCACCUGGCAGAGAGUGUUGGACACCAACGACCGCUUCCUGAGGAAGAUCACUAUCGGCCAAUCACCAACUGAAAAAGGACACACGAGAGAGGCCCAGUUUGACAUCACUGUCGCGAGUGAAAUCAUGGCCGUGCUCGCCCUCACCAGCAGCCUGGAGGACAUGCGUGAGCGUCUGGCCAAGAUGGUGGUGGCCACCAGUCGCAGCGGCGAGCCCAUCACCACUGAAGACCUGGGUGUCAGUGGGGCUUUAACUGUGCUGAUGAAGGACGCCAUAAAGCCAAACCUGAUGCAGACUCUGGAGGGAACACCUGUGUUCGUUCACGCCGGUCCUUUCGCCAACAUCGCACACGGAAACUCCUCCAUCCUGGCAGAUAAAAUAGCUCUGAAGCUGGUGGGACCUGAGGGCUUCGUAGUCACCGAGGCUGGCUUCGGAGCUGACAUCGGCAUGGAGAAGUUUUUCAACAUCAAGUGUCGUUACUCCGGCCUGCGGCCACACGUGGUGGUGUUGGUGGCUACGGUCAGAGCCCUGAAGAUGCACGGAGGAGGACCAACGGUGACAGCUGGGAUGCCACUGCCCAAGGAAUACGUGGAUGAGAACCUUGAACUGCUGGAGAAGGGCUGCAGCAACAUGAAGAAGCAGAUCGAGAACGCACAGCACUUUGGCGUUCCCGUGGUGGUCGCUGUGAACGCUUUCAAGACAGACACUGAGGCCGAGCUGGACCUGGUCUGCAGCGUGGCUAAAGCCGCCGGGGCGUUCGAUGCCGUGCGCUGCUCCCACUGGGCUGAGGGUGGCGCCGGGGCAGUGGCUUUGGGUCAGGCUGUCCAGAGGGCCUCUGUGACCCCCAGCCAGUUCAAGUUCCUCUAUGAUUUGGAGCUGUCUAUUGCUGACAAGAUCAGAACAAUUGCCCAGAAGAUCUACGGCGCGGACGACAUCGAGCUGCUCCCGGAGGCCCAACACAAGGUGGAGCUCUACACCAAACAGGGUUUUGGCCAUCUGCCCAUCUGCAUGGCCAAGACACAUUUAUCCCUCUCUCACGAGGCAGACAAAAAGGGCGUGCCCACGGGGUUCACGCUGCCAAUCAGGGACAUCCGAGCGAGCGUGGGCGCUGGCUUUUUGUUUCCACUCGUCGGCACGAUGCCCACCAUCCCCGGUCUUCCCACCAGGCCUUGUUUCUACGACAUCGACCUGGACCCUGAGACGGAGCAGGUCAACGGUCUCUUCUAAAACAUGACGUCGUCGUCGCCGGCAUCGCAGCCUUCACACUGAGCCUGAACAAAACCUGAUGUGCUGAUCAUUUUACGAGCCUCCAACUGCUGCUGCUGCUGAUGAUGAUGAUGAUGAUGCUGAUGAUGUCGGUUUGACGUCCAAUCAAACUCUGUAAAGUAUUAAUUGUUUUCUCCAUGUCACUGCUGAUAAUCAAAAACUCCAGCCCUAAAUGUCUUAAAACUAUUUUUUUUUCCUUCUGAAUUGGUGACCAACGUUGAGACUCUUGUGUUUUUGACUUGAACUGUGUCCAACACUGUCUCACUGUCUCACUGUCUCACUGUCUCACUGUCUCACUGUCUGCCUUGACGUGUGAAAAUAAACUGCCUUCCUGUUACAA